UGGUAAGAGGAAUCAGAAGUGGCUCGUUAACACAUUAAGCUGUCAAUAAAGAGGAACUCUUUCAGAAUGUACUGAUGCGAGCAGCAGAGCAGUUUUCAAAGUAAGCAGAUAGGGCAUUCAAAAUCAACGAGCUGAAGACUGAGGUCACCAACCAUCUCACAAUGUUGGAAAAGAGAGUAGAGCUGGAGGGGAUGAAGGUGAUGGAGAUUGAGAAAUGUCGCAACGACAUCAAGAAGCUCCGUGAGGAGAUUGUGUCCAGAAACAACAGUAAUUUUCUGGAUGACAACAAGAAGCUGAGUCCUUGCAGAGCCAUCCCCUCGUACCCCACAUACCAUCUGUCCAAGGAGACAAUGGAAGCUCUUAGAUUGCCUACAUUUGAUGCUUGGCAGUGGGAGCCCAGUGAGAUGCUGAGCUGUCUGGAACAUAUGUACCAUGACCUGGGCUUGGUCAGAGACUUCAAUAUAAAUCCCAUCACACUGAAGAGAUGGCUGCUGUGUAUCCAGGACAACUACAGGAAUAACCCCUACCACAACUUCCGCCACUGUUUCUGUGUCACCCAGAUGAUGUACAGCAUGAUCUGCCUCUGCAGCCUUCAGGAGAAGUUUACUCAGAUGGAUAUUCUGGCUCUCAUGACAGCUGCUGUGUGUCACGACCUCGAUCACCCCGGAUUCAAUAACAUGUAUCAGAUCAAUGCUAGAACGGAGAUGGCACUUCGCUACAAUGACAUUUCUCCUCUGGAGAACCACCACUGUGCUGUGGCCUUCCAGAUUUUCUCUCGGCCUGACUGCAACAUAUUCUUCAACUUUGACCCUGAGGCAUUUAAACAGAUACGACAGGAAACUAUCACAUUGAUCCUGGCCACAGACAUGGCACGGCACAGUGAGAUCCUAAAGACCUUCAAGCAGAAAGUUGACAACUUUGACUACACAAAUAAGGAGCAUGUUGCCUGCCUGAAGAUGGUACUUAUCAAAUGUUGUGACAUUUCCAAUGAAGUGCGGCCCAUGGAGGUGGCUGAGCCUUGGGUCGAUUGCCUGCUGGAGGAGUACUUCAUGCAGAGUGACAGAGAGAAGGCUGAGGGACUUCCUGUGGCUCCGUUCAUGGACAGAGAAAAGGUCACCAAGUCAACAGCCCAGACUGGCUUCAUCAAAUUCGUGCUCCUCCCCAUGUUUGAGACUGUGAUGAAGCUGUUCCCACAGAUUGAGGAGGUGAUGGUACAGCCACUCAGAGAGUCAAGAGACCGGUACGAAGAGCUCAAACAGAUUGAUGAUGCCAUGAAAGAGGUGCAGAAAAAGAAAAGUGAGAAUUUAACAAUGGAUGGUGAGAAGUGAAAAGUUCUGAGAAGGACCAGUGAGCACAGAGCACAAGUACAGUGGAAUAGUGAGACGUGUUGUUCCACUGGGAGCUGUAAGACCUUCCAUCGCCCUGUCCACUCCUCACAUGGAGCAGCAUAAAGGGUGUUGUAGUUUCCAGCGUGCACAGGAAGAUGAUGGACGAUGUUUAAGAGCAGCUUUUUAAGCUGCUACAGGACGUGAGGACCAGAGGGACUCUGAAUUGAGUGGGUUUAGUCGAAUGCCAGCAUUCAAAGAGCACAGAUGACUUCAGUGAACAAUAUUUAGAUAUAAUUCUUGUAUUGUGUUUGUUUUUUGUUUGUUUUUACAGAUGUACAGAUUUUUAUUGGCUUUUGCUCUUUCAUACAAAAAUUUAAAGUAUAAUCUUAAUAGCAAGA